AUGACAAUAACCGGCAAGGUGCUCGCCCUCGACGUCCGGAGCACGGACACCAUGGGCCACGUCAAAACGAUGAUCGGCGGGAAGCUUCGCGUGCCCCCGCCCCGGCAGCGCCUCGUCUUCGACGGGAAGGUGCUGGGAGACGACGGGCGCUCCCUCGCGGACUGCGGCGUCGGGAAGGAGGCCUUCCUCCACCUCGCCAUCCGCCGUGGCCGUCCCGUAUGGGUGGAGGUCUUCGUCAAGACGCUCUUCACGACGUGGAAGGAGGACAAUUUUGCUCGUUCGGAGGUGGCUUCUGUCCUGAUCCUUGACGGGGACUAG